CUCUCUCUCUCUGAAACCUCUCUCUCUCUCUCUGAAAUCUCUCUGCCCGUGAAGAUCUGAUUUUUCUCCGUGGAGCGUCGUCCGUCGUCCGCCUCCGGUCAGUGACGUCGCCGGCUCUCUCCCUCUCUCCGGCAUAUAUCUGCUCUCCGGUCAGUGACGUCGCCGGCUCUCUCCCUCUCCCCGGCAUAUAUCUGCUCUCCGGUCAGUGACGUCGCCGGCUUCGUCGUCCGGCGGUUCCGUCGUCCGGUGCCCUUCUCCGUCGUCCGUUGUCCGGUGCUUCCGCUCGCUCUCUCUCUCCCUCUCUCCGUACAGAUCUGCUCUCCGGUCAGUGACGUCGCCGGCUUCUCUCUUGGCGGUAGGCGUCCUCCGUCGUUCGGCGUCCCCACUCCGGCAGAUUUGGCGGCCGGAUCUGUCUCCGGCGACGCCCAUAAAAAAGGAUCUCUCUCUCUUUGGAGCAACCCCCUCCCUCUGUCUCGCCGUGUUCCUGUUUACCAUUUAAUUUCCAAGGAUCAUCAACUCUGUUCUGUUGCUAGGAGCGCUAUUAUGUAGAGAGGAAUUUGUUGGGGUAUUGUACGACCAAGGCUCGAAAAAAUGUCGGUAAAUAGUGAUGCAUCAAGACCCCAUCCGUUAUGUUACUGUGGAGUGCGUGCACGUCUAAGGUACUCAUGGACUAGUGACAACCCCGGACGAAAGUGGUAUGGCUGUAUAAAGUAUAAGGAAGCUGGGGAUUGUGAUUUUUUUAGGUGGGCUGAUAACGACAUGACUUCUUAUGAGAAGAGAUUGGAGGAACAUAUGAGAGACAUGGAGGAAGGGAGACGGGCCGAUAUUGAGGAAGUUGAGAAGAUGACAAUGGCCAAUAUUGACAGACUUGAGAAGCUGAUUGAAACAAAAUACAAUGAACAAUAUGCUAGACUUCGGUUGGAGUUGGGUCUGCGUCAAAGUAAUAGAAAGAUGUUUUGGGUAGCAGUAGUCGUAGUCAGUUUGGGCCUUGUAAUUUAUCUCAGUGGUUAUAGUGGUUCUAAAGUUAGCUACUUGAUGUUAGAAUGAAAAGACGGAUACAAGAAGGUUGAAAAUGAUCAUUGUCAAAUAUUUUAUGUUCUAUCCAGUUGAACAAUAGAAAUUCUGAAUUUUAG